UCCUCCUCUGAGCUUUCAGUGUAACCACGGAUUCUCGAACCCGCAGCACGCAUACCGUUAUCCCUCCGAUCCCGCGACGCGAAGUAACUGCGAUCAAAAUGCCCGUUUAGUGUCUACGAAAGUUUCUUCAGACUUUAUCACGGAUUCUCUUUCCUUACUGGAGUUACUGGACAGCUGAGGACGAACAACAUGAAGUACAAAAACUUGAUGGCCAAAGCGUUGUACGACAACGUCCCCGAAUCCCCAGAAGAGCUGGCGUUUCGGAAGGGCGACAUUCUGACGGUCAUCGAGCAGAACACAGGCGGCCUUGAGGGAUGGUGGUUGUGUUCGCUCCACGGUCGGCAGGGCAUCGCUCCCGGCAACCGUCUCAAGCUGCUUAUUGGGCCGAUGUUUGAAGGACAGUCACCGGCCUCGCCCUCUCCGCCUCAGGGUCACGCCCUACAGCAGAGACCGCUCACCCCUCAGGGUGUGUACCAGGUGCCACCCUCUCACCAGAGCCCACAGGGACAGGGUAUCUAUCAGAUCCCACCAUCAAAAGAUGUGUACCAGGUCCCACAAAGGAGUGCGAUGGCUGUGGAUGGAACGCAACGCAAGGUGGUGACCCCAGUACGUGUUGGACAAACAUAUGCUUACAGUCCUGUUUCAGACUCAUCUCAUGAUCUCUAUGAUGUUCCUCCUGUUCGACAAGAGGGGCUCUACGAUAUUCCACCGAGCAAACAGACAGGACAGCACAACACUUCCAGAUCCCAGUGUCUUUACGACACACCACCUUCCCAAGAUCUUCGAUCGAGAGAUCUGUAUGAUAUACCGCCAACAUCACAAGGGGCAUAUUCCACACCUCCUUGUCGGAACAACAUCGCACAAGAUGAAGGGAAUUAUGACUUUCCACAGCCUUCCAAGCACAAGCAAGAGGGCGUAUAUGAUGUUCCACCAACAUCUCUUUCCAAAACAUCCCCGUGCUCCAACUACGACUUCCCGCCCAAGUCCGAGCCCAUCUCCCGACUGGCCGCGAAUGACAGCAGCGGUAUCUACGACGUUCCCGCUAGUCAACUCGCCACUGGUGGAUCUCAGGACUUGUACGACAUUCCACGUGGAUUGCCUUCAUCUCAGCACAGACCAAACAGGAAUAAGGGCGUCUACGAUGUUCCUCCAACAGAUUCCCGGUCGGUCGCCGACGUGACCGAUGGCGUCAACCGUUUGUCGUUUUCCAGCACGGGAAGCACUCGGAGCAGCAUGUCCACGUCCUCCUCUUCAGCCGGCUCUCCGGCCGAGGGUCGUCUGGCGUUGGAUUUGGACUCGGCGUUACAACGAUUGGGUCGCCUCCAACAAAGUCUGGAAUCUUCUGUCGGUGCGUUGCAAACUUUAGCAGCUUCACCCCACUGGAGAACAUUCGGAUUUGUGGAACGUCACGCCAACGAAGUCCGUGUCUCAUUGGAGCGCAUCAAAGGUGCGCUCACCGAAUUCCUCGUAUUUGGACGUGGGGCGGCUGCAAACGCCACCGCGCUGUCAGAUUCGGGACUGCAUUCGAAGUUGCGACGCCAGCUGCAGCGUCUAGAAGAUUCUCAGCAGAUUCUUCAGCAAACACACCAGACUCUAGACAACAGCAGCUGGGCACUUAAUAUCCUGGCAAUGGGUGCUAAGCAACAAAGCAAGAGCGAUGAACUGGAGCGUUUCGUAAUGGUGUCACGAACGGUGCCCGACGAUGCCAAACAGUUGGCGUCAACGAUAGGGAGCAGCGCUGAGCUCCUCUUCAGGAGAGCGCCGAUCGAAGGAAUCGUUCACCCGUUCACCUGCACUCCCACAGAUGAUGACAGCUACGGAGGACAGACCAAACCGUUUCCAGUGUCACAGGACAAAGAGCACAUGAACAGCGAAAAGUGUGUGAAAAGCUGGAUGGAAGAUUACGACUACGUCCAUCUGCAGGGAAAAGAUGAAUUUGAACGGCAACAGAAAGAACUUUUGGAGAAGGAAAACAUUGUCAAACAGAACAAAGUUAAACUUGCCCAAGAUCAGCUGAACCAAUUCAAACAACUGGAACAGGAAGUGAUCAAACCGGUCGAGAGUGACAUCAACAAAUGGAUCACCCACCAACAUUCAACAGGCUCCUCCUCCUCAGACUCCUCCUCCAAUUUUUCCGCAGGAAGCGGAGCGCCGGUGUGUUUACGGGAUCGACAGCUAUUGGGCUUCUACGCCGACCAAUGCGAACAGCACUUUGUGACAUUGCUAAACGCAGUGGACGCUUUUUUCGGCUGCGUAAAAGCAGGACAGCCUCCGCGAAUCUUCGUGGCACACGGCAAAUUCGUCAUUCUUAGCGCCCACAAGCUCGUGUUUAUCGGAGAUACGCUCUCGAGACAGGUGACGACGGCAGAAGUGUCAAAUCGGGUGAUGAACUUGAGCAACAUGCUGUGCGAGAUGCUGAAGACGGUCGUGAGCGCCACCAAGACGGCCGCCCUUCAUUAUCCGAACACGGCCGCCGUGCAAGAAAUGGUCGAUCGUGUGACAGACCUCUCGCAUUUGGCACAACAAUUCAAAGUGCAGCUUUCGCAGAUGGCUGCGUUGUGAUGUCAUCGUGACCCAGCGUUCGAACAAAGACUGGACAUGCGUACAUAUUUAUAUACAUUGCAUGCAUUUACUGAAGUUACGAUCUUUGUAUAUAGUCCUGCUUUCUUUAUUUCUGUAAAUAUUUGGCUCUAUUUUUGUGUAGAUUUGUUUUAUAUAAUAUUAAUAAUAAUAAUAAUAUUAAUAACUUGUAUGGCUAUAAAUGAUGUGUUUGUAGACUGAAAUGUUAACAUUCCUGAUAUUUGUGUAUUAGACACCUUACGAGUCUUUAACUGCUUAUUAUUGUGUAUCGAUUAUUGCCAACACCUACAAAAUGAAAACGGUUUGAAAGCGUAUUUUGUACAUUUGAUGUUUUUUGUGAUGUUCGCUCUACAAAGAGCACAGACUGAAGAAAGUAAAGAUUUUUGUCUUUGCUGUA